AACAUGUUUUGUUUUUUAUAGGUAUGGAUGGAUUUUUAAGAUCUGAUGAGAGACAAAGACUAGCUAAAGAAAGACGAGAAGAAAGAGAAAAAUGUCUUGCUGCCCGGGAGCAGCAGAUCUUGGAAAAACAGAAAAGAGCGAAGCUCCAGUAUGAAAAGCAAAUUGAGGAGCGAUGGCGGAAACUGGAAGAGCAGCGACAGCGGGAGGACCAGAAGAGGGCAGCUGUGGAAGAGAAGAGGAAGCAGAAGCUCCGGGAGGAGGAGGAGCGGCUGGAGGCAAUGAUGCGCCGGUCCCUGGAGCGCACGCAGCAACUGGAGCUAAAGAAGAAGUGCUCGUGGGGAGCUUCGCUGGCCACCGGGCCUGGAGGUCGUGAUGGUGAAUCAGAAAAUACCCCACCCCCUCCUCUAGGUUUAGCAGCCAGCACCCUCCCUCCGGACCCAGGGACCACUGCCACCGCUGCCGAGUCCACCAACGCAUGUGACAAACUUUCAACAUCAACCAUGAAUUUGCCAAAGCAGACGGAGCCUCCCAUGAGUAAGCGCCUGUCUUCAUCCACCGUGGCAAUAUCCUAUUCCCCAGACCGAGUAUCCCAUGCCUGUCCUCGUGUAGCUCCUGCUGGUCCUCUUAAAUCUUCUUACAAGUCUUCUCCCACUCGGAGUGCUGAGAGGAAGAAGACUCCAUCUACAUCUGGUGUAGGAGAUUCUGGGAAAGGAGCCCCUGCAGGAGCGGAGGCCUCUCCGUCAGAGAAGAUGAAGCGGGGCCCGCGAACAACAACUUCUGUUCCCAGUGUGGGCCUUGGGUCUCCUCUGAGAAGAUGCGAGUUUCCAGGAAGCAUUGCUAAGAGGUCUUCUUCUCCAGUGACAUCCAAAGCAACUUCAAAAGCGUAUCCACAGUCUCCAAAGAAUACGAAGCCGCCAUACCCAGGGUCUCCUGUGAAGUACCGCUUUCCCAUCUUUCCCAGCCAGGAAACGCCCAAGAGGAAAGCAGAGAAAGAGAAGAGCAAUAAGGAAAGGGAAGGUGCCCUGGCUCAGCAGGCAGCUGGCCUGUGUGGAGAGGAAGCCCCAGAGAAACAUGUGGUGGACAAGCAUGUCACUGAGAAGCAUGUGGCCACAGGAGGGAAGGCCGAGAGCAGUGGAGCCUCAGGGAAGCCUACAGCAGGCACCACUGAUGCAGGAGAGGCUGCGAAGAUCCUGGCUGAAAAGAGACGACAGGCCCGGCUACAGAAGGAGCAGGAGGAGCAGGAACGGCUGGAGAAGGAAGAACAGGACAGGCUGGAGAGAGAGGAAUUGAAAAGAAAGGCAGAGGAGGAAAGACUUCGCCUAGAAGAGGAAGCCCGUAAGCAGGAAGAGAAAAAGAAGCGGCAGGAAGAGGAAGAAAAAAGAAAGGCAGAAGAGGAAGCUAAGAGAAAGGCCAAGGAGGAGCUGUUAUUAAAAGAAGAGCAAGAAAAGGAAAAACAAGAAAAAGAAAAGCAAGAAAAAGAAAAGCAAGAAAAAGUCAUGAUUGAAAAGCAGAAGGAAGCCGCAGAAGCAAAGGCCCAGGAGGCAGCUAAACAGAUGCGUCUAGAAAGAGAACAGAUUAUGCUGCAGAUUGAGCAGGAGCGACUGGAGAGGAAGAAGAGAAUUGAUGAAAUCAUGAAGAGAACAAGGAAGAGUGAUGUGUCUCUAGAAGUGAAGAAAGAAGACCCAAAGGUGGAGCUUCAGUCUGCUGUGUGUGUAGAAAAAGAGACAAAACCAGCUGUCCUGAACAAAAUAGAAAUAAAUGGAUUAAACACUUGCCAGGAAGUUAAUGGUAUGGGGCGUACUGCCCCAGAAACUUUUCCUCGAGACAUUUUCUCUAAUGGGCUUAAACCAGUUGGGGGACUUGUUCAUCUGGACACCCUUGAUGGGAAAUCAAACAGUCUGGAUGAUUCAACUGAAGAGGUUCAGUCUAUGGAUGUGAGUCCUGUUUCAAAGGAAGAGCUUAUCUCCAUCCCAGAAUUUUCACCAGUAAGUGAAAUGAUUCCUGGGGUGUCUCUGGACCAAAAUGGAACUGGUAAUGCCCGAGCACUUCAAGAUCUCUUAGAUUUCACCGGCCCCCCCAUGUACCCUAAGCGAUCCAGUGAAAAUCUCAGCCUGGAUGAUUGUAACAAAAACCUGAUUGAAGGAUUUAACAGUCCUGGCCAAGAAAAUACUCUGAACACCUUCUGUUGACAAAUACAUCUCUUUAAUGAAAGGUGGUGUUUGGAGAACCCAUGAAGCUGCUGGUAGUCAAAUCCAAGCUGCUGGUCCUCUGAAGAAGCUUCUGUUGUCCUAAAUCCCUGGAUUCCAAAUUACUAGAUCAAAAUGUAACUGUAUAUUCCUAGUUAGUAUGUCAAACACUGGCCACUCUUGAUAGAAACCUUGAAACAUUGGCCUUGUUGGGCUUUAGCAAAGUUUCAUGUUACAGUUCUAUUCAUGAGCUUCAGCUGCUGAUAAAGCACUUCCUGUACUACUUUAUUAUCAUAGUGAUCCCCUGAAUAGCCCAGGUGAUUCUGUGUUGGAAAUUCACCUUAUAACUGUUCUUAUUCCCAAAGUUGGAGUACAUAAACAUGUAGAUGUCUUUUCCUAUAAAUAUUCUAGACAUUAACCCAGACUCUACUUAAACAUAUAUACUGAACUUGAGCUGCUUAUCUCCUUGUCUGUGUUUAGAAGAAAUUCCAGAGGGUUUUCCCCCUUCUCUGGGGUUUCUUUGUUGGAAGUUACUAUCAAGAAGCUUUUUUUAAAUAUAUUAAGCUUAGCCACCUGUAAAAUGUGUUGCCCCACAUUACUCCUUGGGGACCUAACAGAAUAAGUCUGGUUGAUUAUGGAAACAAGCACUGCGGAAUGAUUUCUGUUCACUUAUGCAUUUUCUUAUAGACGUGGGCACCUCAGUCUAGCAAGGAUCUUGUCAUUGUUGCACCUUAAAAAAUCUCCAAGCCAUUGAGUGGCUUUUGGACCGAAGGAAGUUUGAAUGAAUUGUGUGUCUCAUGCACAGGUGGUUGGUUUUCAUGUUGUUGCUAUUGCUUUUCUCUUGGAUCUUGGGGCCCUUGUUUGUUUGCUCCUGUGUUUGCUCAACUCUGAUGAAGCAGGCACAAGUGAAAAUGAUAGUGCUCUGGAACAAGGGGGCCCUGAACUGGACCCAGUAUAUCACUUUGACUUCAACAUAAAAACAUCUGAGCGGGGGACAAAUGACACUAGAAUGUAUACUCCACGUGUUUCAUGCACAUUUUCAAGACACAUAAUAAUGUGUUUUCUUAAUUUUAUUUCUUGUGGUGAAAUGUGACUUUCAAAUUAAAAUGACCUUCUUUGAAACUUUUUUUUGACUUGUACGAUAAAGCGUUUGGAAAGAUCCAUAAUUUUGACUGAGGUUUGCAACCAGGAGAUAAAAAGAAGUCUCAAUAGUAAUCUUGUUCAUGUGCUUUUAAAACCAGCUACAGUUUAAGACUUUAUUAGUUAUGGAAACUGUGUAUGUUUGUGUAUGUGUAUAUAUUAAAUAAAAUACAUGCCUCCAGUAAUGCAGUGCCAUUGAUCUUGAUGCAUAUCAGGGGAAAAUCCCUUUUAUGACAAGCACACAGAAAAUGAUAGCAUGGUCUGACUUUCAAAAAAUGCCUCACCAUCUUUCUUACAGCUUUAUUUUGCUAAAUGUCUGUUUUGUUGUGAUCUGUUGUACCUCACAGCACCAUUGUGACCAUGGUGAUGCCUCAUUUGCAUGAUGUGUAUGUUGUGUUUAACGUGAAAUACAUUUUCA